AGGCAGACGCAGACCAGAGUCCAGAUGUAACCGAAAGAGGUCCUCAUCCCUAAUUUCUGGCCGUUGAUACGCUUAUACAAGUGUAUACUCAGACAAAACCACCUCUCCUCCUCUAUCCCACAUGGACUUCCACAUCACUCCACACGCCAUGCGAACAGAUCUUUUAUUGAGUUUCUAAGCAUAUAAAUUAGCAGUGAAACUACAGAAUUUCGGUCACCAAGCAAUGGGGGAUGGUGAGGAGAGCACACCUCCCAAGUCUUCUAAACCACCUGCUUCAACACAGGAGACACCAUCAACCCCUUCAUAUCCUGACUGGUCAACAUCUAUGCAGGCCUACUAUGGUGCUGGAGCUACUCCGCCUCCUUUUUUCCCUUCCCCUGUUGCACCCCCAUCCCCUCAUCCGUACCUAUGGGGAGGUCAGCAUCCAAUGAUGCCACCAUAUGGAACUCCACUUCCAUACCCAGCUCUCUAUCCUCAUGGGGCCCUCUAUGCUCAUCCUAGCAUGGCUACGGCUCAGGGUGUGGCACUGACAAAUACAGACAUGGAAGUAAAGACCCCUGAUGGAAAAGACCCAGCAUCAAUUAAAAAAUCAACGGCAGCUUCAGGAAACAUGGGUUUGAUCAGUGGCAAAUCUGGGGAAAGCGGAAAGGCAGCUUCAGUUUCUGGCAAUGAUGGUGCUUCACAAAGUGGGGAGAGUGGUAGUGAGGCCUCAUCAGAUGCGACUGAUGAGAAUGCUAACCAAGCAUCUUCUGCAGUAAAGAAGAGAAGCUUCAACCUUGCUGAUGGAUCAAAUGCAAAGAGUAACAGUGCUGCUCAGUACACUGGUGGAAAUCAUUCAGCCUCAGUUCCAGGCAAGCCUGUGGUACCUAUGCCUACAACCAGUUUAAAUAUUGGGAUGGACCUGUGGAAUGCAUCCCCUGCUGGAGGCACACCCAUGAAGACAAGACCACAGUCAUCUGGUGCCUCACCUCAAGUGGCUUCAGCAACUAUAGUUGGACGUGAAGGCAUGUUACAGGAUCAUCAAUGGAUUCAAGAUGAACGUGAACUCAAACGACAAAGGAGAAAGCAAUCCAAUAGGGAGUCAGCUAGGAGAUCAAGAUUGCGUAAGCAGGCUGAAUGUGAAGAAUUACAAUCAAAGGUCGAAAAUUUGAGCAAUGAGAAUCAUGUGCUGAGAGAGGAGCUGCAUAGGCUUGCUGAGCAGUGCGAGAAGCUUACAUCUGAGAAUAAUUCCAUAAUGGAGGAGUUGACACAAUUGUAUGGGCCAGAGGCAACAUCUAGCCUUCAAGAUAACAACCACAACUUGGUUCUCCAUCCUAUCAAUGGUGAAGACAAUGGCCAUGUACAAGAUGCUUCCCCUCUAAACAACUCCAGUUCCACGUCUGAUCAAAAUGGGAAAUUCAGCUCCAAUGGGAAGAUUUGACUCUUAGCCCUAACUGAAUACAACUUACAUAUUUUCAGUUCUAACAUGGAGACCUAUAACACUUUCCUUUCCAGGGGCCAUUGUUUGUUGGGAUGUCAGUUAUCCCUUUUAGUUGUAAAAUAUCUGAAUUUAUACUUUCAAUUGAGUCUGUUAUGUGUCUGCAUAUUGUUGUAAGAUAAACUCAACUGUAAUAGGGUAAGAUGUUAGGCUAGCAGUUAUUUGGUUACGUAACCUGACGAGUUUUUCGCUUCAUUGCUUAUUUAACAGUACGCACUUUCAUUACAAUUUCCCUAUAAAUUACUUCGGUAUCUGAC